AAGAAAAGAAGGAGAAGAGAAGAAAAAAAAGAAGCAGAGGAAAAGGGAAAAAAAAAAAAAAAAGAAGAAAAACAGAAAAAGAAAAAAGAAGAAAAAAAGAAAAAAAAAAAGAAGAAGAAAAAAAAAGAAAAGGGAAAAAGAAAAAAGGGUUCUUGGGGGCGUGUUCCCAAGGGGCCUUUCCGGGGCAAGAGACCCCGGCAUGCGUGA